UUCAGGAUGAAUGGCACAGAGGGACAUAACUUCUACAUUCCUAUGUCAAACAGGACUGGGCUAGUAAGGAAUCCUUUUGAAUACACUCAGUACUACUUAGCUGAUCCAUGGCAGUUCAAACUACUGGCUUUCUACAUGUUUAUACUGAUUUGUUUGGGCCUUCCAAUAAAUGGGCUGACACUAGUGGUCACCGCUCAGCACAAAAAGCUCAGACAGCCACUCAACUUCAUUCUGGUCAAUUUGGCAGUAGCUGGAAUGAUCAUGGUCUGCUUUGGAUUCACCAUAACACUGACUUCAGCUUUUAAUGGCUACUUCGUGUUUGGACCUGCAGGCUGUGCCAUUGAGGGCUUCAUGGCAACACUUGGUGGUCAAGUGUCAUUGUGGUCCUUAGUUGUGCUGGCCAUUGAAAGAUAUAUAGUGGUGUGCAAACCCAUGGGCAGCUUCAAGUUCAGCUCUACUCAUGCUUUAGGAGGCAUUGGUUUUACCUGGUUGAUGGCAGCUAGUUGUGCUGUUCCUCCACUUGUUGGCUGGUCCAGAUUCAUCCCUGAAGGCGUGCAGUGCUCAUGUGGACCAGAUUACUACACCCUGAACCCUGCAUACAACAAUGAGUCAUUUGUCAUUUACAUGUUUAGUUGCCACUUCAUUGUUCCUGUCACUGUCAUCUUCUUUACUUACGGAAGACUUGUGUGCACAGUAAAAGCAGCUGCAGCCUCCCAGCAAGAAUCAGCAUCCACCCAGAAGGCAGAAAAAGAAGUGACACGAAUGGUCAUCCUGAUGGUCCUGGGUUUCCUGGUUGCUUGGACCCCUUAUGCUAGUGUUGCUGCUUGGAUUUUCAUGAACAAGGGAGCUGCUUUCACGGCCCAGUCCAUGACUGUUCCUGCAUUUUUCUCCAAGACCUCAGCUAUUUUCAACCCCAUCAUCUAUGUGGUGCUAAACAAACAAUUCCGUAGCUGCAUGCUGACCACACUUUUCUGUGGCAAGAACCCUCUUGGUGAUGAAGACUCCUCUUCAGUGUUCUUAAACAAAACUGAGGUGUCUUCAGUGGCUCCAGCAUAG